AAACAGGGAAAUCACGUUUAGCUUUUGUUCGCUUUGGAUUUUAUUGCAUGUUGGACAUAUUGAUAAGAGUAAGGUUAUCAAACGCUUGACGUUAUCGUUUAUGGCCGGGGUAGAGCUAUUUAUUUACCCUGUCAUUGGACUAUUUGCUCACGUGCCGCACGUUUUCCAAAACCUUAAUUUUUUCUGCUGUUCCAGUAGCCCAAGAGGCAGUCCCUUGGCCCGAAUCGAAGUCCCCAUGGCAGUGACUUUCACAUUACUUAUCGACGCUAAGGAAAUACGUUGUAUUACUUGUGCGGUUUCUUUUGUUUAUCUUAUCGCAACACAAUCGUCGCAGAACGUAUGAAGUAUACGCCUGCUUGGUUAAUAAUUAUAAUGGACUUAUCAGGGGGUAAACAAAAGGUAUUAACCGAAAAUGAAGCAGAUAGAAACCAAAAUGCGUCUCUUGAUUUAUAUUGGUCGAGUAAUCAUUCACUUAGGAUAGUUGUGGAUUCAACAAUGCGGUCUAUGACAAUUAAAAUUCGUUUCAAUUAAUCAGUAAUAUCUAUUAAGGUUGAUAGUGUGUAUUAUUUUGUUAAGCAAUGUUUAUUUACCCCUGUUCAAGGCGUAGUUCAAAGACCGUUUAAUAGAUAGUUCUAUUCGGCUAACCUACUGCUGAAAUAUUAAGUCAGUAACUUAUUAAUCGUGUAAGUUUUAAUAUAAUGUAUCAUUUAAAAAGCCAUAAAAAAAUGUUCAAUUAUCACUGUUUAAUGGAAUUUUAUUUAUGUUAGAAAGAGUCAAAACAAUAAUCAUCAUAUUUCGGUGAUUUAAUUUUGCAAAUAAUCAUUAUCGCAACGCAUCAAGCAUGAAAUAUCCAAAUGAUAUAAAUAUGAGGGAUUUAGGGAAAAGAAUUUAGUUAGUUUUGCAUUUUUACAAUAGGAAAUGGAACUCUUUUGUAUAUAUUUAAUAUUAGCCACGGCAAUUGUUGUCCAAGGAUACAGGAAGUUUGGACUCAAUUGUGAGGAUAUUGCCUGUAUAUCUGGUAAAAAAUGCAUUGUAUCCAGAGUUCCCUGCGAAAAUCCAGAUCAGCAAGAAGGAGAGCAAUGUGGAACCUAUCCGGAGUGCCAAUCAGCUUCUCUGGGGGAAACGAUGACGGAUCCCGAAAUGGAUUCAGAUGCGACACUCUCACAAUUUCACAAUCGAUCGGCACGACAGAUUCCUAUGCGCCCCAUGCCAGGACCAAUGCCAAUGCCAGGAGCGAUGCCGUAUCCUGGACCUGUUCCAAUGAAUGCACCAGCUCCGGGACGUGCGUAUUAUCCCUCGUAUAUGGGACAACCGUACGUUGGACAGCCGAUGCCUGGACCCAUGCCGGGUGCCAUGCCCAUGAUGCCAAUGAUGCCCCAGGGAGGUGGAGCUAUGGGUGGUACCAGCAUAAUUGUGGAGCCCUUAUUAAUCCUGCCAAUGGGCAUUGGGGCAGGCACGGGUACGGGCGUAAAUCAAAAUCCAUAUUACGGACCAAAUGGGGCUUAUCCCACCUACAACAAUUACAAUCCCUACAACACGUACACUACUGCACGACCCAACUACGACUAUAACAAUUAUAACAACAACAAUAAUAACUACCCGAAUUACAAUAACAAUAAUGGCAAUAAUAACAAUUACAACGAUUACAACUCAUACGGUUAGAUUUCAAUUAAAUGAUCCCCGAAAUCCA